AUCUGUCCUGCAGCAGGCGCGGGGGUUCCAGUUUAUCGUCGAAAUGGCGGAGACCGGAGACAGAAUGGAGGUUUCACAGGGAGAGAGCUCAGUUAAGCCUGCAGCAGAAGACAUGACCUCCAAGGAUUACUACUUUGAUUCCUAUGCACAUUUUGGUAUCCAUGAGGAGAUGCUAAAGGAUGAGGUUCGCACUCUGACAUACAGGAACUCCAUGUUCCAUAACAAGCAUCUGUUCAAGGAUAAGGUGGUGCUGGAUGUGGGAAGUGGAACUGGCAUCCUCUGUAUGUUUGCAGCCAAAGCUGGGGCAAAGAAAGUUAUUGGGAUUGAGUGCAGCAGCAUAUCCGACUACGCUGUGAAAAUUGUGAAGGCCAACAAGUUGGAUCAUGUUGUUACCAUCAUUAAAGGCAAGGUGGAGGAGGUGGAGCUUCCCGUGGAGAAAGUAGACAUUAUCAUCUCUGAGUGGAUGGGCUACUGUCUCUUCUAUGAGUCCAUGCUUAACACUGUCAUUUAUGCAAGGGACAAAUGGCUGAAACCUGAUGGUCUGAUCUUCCCUGACAGAGCUACGCUCUACGUCACUGCUAUUGAGGACAGACAGUACAAGGACUACAAAAUUCACUGGUGGGAGAAUGUUUAUGGCUUUGACAUGUCCUGUAUCAAGGAAGUGGCUAUUAAGGAACCACUAGUGGAUGUUGUUGACCCUAAACAGCUUGUUAGUACUGCCUGCCUCAUCAAGGAGGUGGACAUCUACACAGUGAAGAUUGAGGACUUGUCCUUUACAUCACCAUUCUGCCUGCAGGUGAAAAGGAAUGACUACAUCCAUGCGCUGGUCACGUACUUCAACAUAGAGUUCACUCGCUGCCACAAGAGGACUGGCUUCUCUACCAGCCCAGAGUCUCCUUACACUCACUGGAAGCAGACAGUGUUUUAUCUUGAUGACUAUCUGACGGUAAAGACUGGAGAAGAGAUAUUUGGCACCAUCAGCAUGAAACCUAACGUCAAGAAUAAUAGAGAUCUCGACUUUAAUGUCGACAUCGACUUCAAGGGUCAGCUAUGUGAAGUGUCCAAGACAUCAGAAUACAGAAUGCGCUAGAUUCCUCCUUUAGUGUGUGUGUGAGAGUGAGGCAAAUCGGAGAGCCGUAUAUGUUUGUGUGUGUGACCAUGUUCUCUUUGUUCUAUGACAACGUAUGACAGACAUUUAAAAAAAAAAAAAAAGAAUUCUUGUGAAAUAUUGUCUGAUGUGGAGGAUUUGUGAGUUCUUGAACAUUUUUAAAUGAAUGACUUGGUUUCAUAAAUACGCCAGGGGGGACUCAAAGCAUUUUUUUAUUGUGCAAUAUUUUUAUGUACAAUUCUUUUUGGCCCAGUUUUUCCAAAUUUUAGGUGUACCAUCUAGCUUCAGUGCUCCCUUAGGUACAUGCUUGCACACACAUGCCUGCUUUCUUUUGCCUGUGAGUCUGUUGGAGGGCAGUCUCUUUGGCUGAAUUGUUAGUGUAUAUGGCUUCAUGCCAUCCAUAUUUGUUUGUUUGUUUUUUGUUUUUUUUCUUGCAUAAGAAAAACAGUAGGAGUCUCCUGUGUCAGUUUCUGCCCUACUAUGUCAGCAUGCCUGUUGGUUACUGUAAGAACUGUAAAUCAACUAAUUCUAUCUGGUAAAGUCAGCAUCCUCCUUGUAGGUAAAACCUGUUGUCUCGUUUCACUAUGGGCUUGAGCUCUGCCCUGUGACUAGUUGGCUGAGUCCAUAACAUUUUGAAUUUCUGCUCUGUACUUUGUCCGUUACAAAGAGUAGAAGGUGUUUAGGCAUUUCUUUUAGACCAUCAGUAGAGGGUGCCCCAAGCUCUCCAUUUUGUCUUCUGUGGAGGAAAGUUUUUAUUCAUCUAGUGCUCCUUUGUCCUCAUCAGUUACCAUAAGUUUUUUUUAACAUACUUUUGUGGCACAAUCAGAGGAUAAUAUUGAAUUAUGGAUGAGGCAACCUAGUAAUUGCUUGUGUAACUCAUAGGUGGUGUUAAUGAGCACUAUUUUAGAUCUGUUGACUUUUUAAUGUCACUGAGGAGAAGAAAAAAAAAUCAUUCAAUGAAUGACUUUUUAGUUAAGCUUAUCUGCUGCUUUUUUGCACUGUAAGCACUUAAAACAAGUUUCUCAGACUCGGACCUAUAGUUUUAUUCUGGUAAGGAAACCUUCAGACUAAAUAGUGUUUUCAGUCGAGGGUGAUGCUUUCCUGUGUUUGAGUAACUUUACAUUGGCCCAUAUUGUGACUCAAUUUCUCAUAAUUUUUGCGGAGUACUACAGUGUUUUUUGUCCAGGAGUGCGAGUUCACGUGUUUUGUGUUUAGCACUGGUGUGGGUUAUUAACAGACAGGCAUUUGUCCAUUUAGGAAGUGUAUUUUUCAUUCUUUUUUGAAAUAAAAACAAUAAAUUGGAA